CGUCACCUCCAAUAUGUGGAAGCUGGAAAUACAUCGCGGCUCUGACUACCAACCUGUAGGGAAGGAAUCCACGGCCGACUCGAGCAGCGACCAGGAUCCUGAGGGUCCUUGGGAGUCUAGCGAGAGACGCUGGUACUCACGUAGAAGUGUUGUACUCUGCAUCAUACUGCUGACAAACGCUUUCACUGCAUCCGUGUUCUUUCUUCUGUUAAGGCAUGGGGGACAGUCGGCAACUCUUGGAUGUGCUGGCUUCACGGAACCUGAAACACCUUGGAUGUCUGGGGUUGACCGCAGUCUUCACGACUACACGUUCUUGCCCUACGCAGCAUCGCCGACGCGAUACUCAGCGGACACUGCAGACUUUGGCGACGCAGUCGACGAUGCCUGGAAAGAAUUGGGAAUCUAUUAUAGGCUCAUGCUCCUCCCUGCGCAAUAUGCAGAUGCGUACAACGUUUCAGCUGAGAAACACUGGCUCGUCACUCCAGAGAACAAUAGAAAGGCUCCAUAUCCAGCGUUUCCUGUCCAAAUGGAAGCUUUUCACUAUCUUCACUGCGUCAACUUUCUUCGCCAAGGUCUCUACUAUAAUUACGACUUCUAUCGAUCCAACCCAACUUACUUCUUUACGAAGGGAACUGAAAAGGAAAUUCGGGAUCACCUAGGUCAUUGCGUUGAUGCGUUACGCCAGUUGAUUAUGUGUUGGUCAGAUACGGACGUGUUGCCUAUACUGCUGCCCGACGAUCCUACAGGCCACCCACUCUUCAACGAUUUCGCCCGAGUCAAACAAUGUAGGAACUUUGAGAGCUUGAGGAUAUGGGCAGAAAAGUCGCAGUGGAAGGGCAGUCCCAGUAUAGCACCCCACCACCCUGGUAGCUAAAUCUCCCGUCAAACAGAAAGCUUUUCAUUGCUG